UCAUCGACGAGCAGCUCGCGUGGACGGUCGCUUGCUUUGCGCGAUUCACUUGAAUUACACUCAGCUGAACUCAGUUCGAAUUCGAUUUGAAAAUAAAAUUUUGCAACCACAAAAUUGGUUUUUUCAAUUGCCAACAAAAUACCGCAAAGAAAUGCGACGCGACGCGCUGCCAAAUCAGAAAUCAAAUCCAAUCUAAAUCCUAGAAUUAAAGCAAACACAGAACCAGAACCCAAAAAGUGCAACAUUCCCCCUCGUAAAUAUAAUAAGCAAAAAGCGUUGCAGUUAGGUUACCGCUAAACCCAACGAUCCGAGCAAUACAACGACCAUGCUCAUGCACACCACAUCCGCGUCCACGACGUCGACGGCCACCAUGACCAACUCCUCGUCAUCGGCCACGCCCACGCCCGGCUCGACCUCCUCCAACAACAGUGCCACGCUCGAGACGCUCCACCAGCAGCAGCAGCAACAACAUCACCAGCUCCAGCACCAGCUCCAGCAACUCCACACAAAUGCGGCAAACAAUUCGCGGCCGCCGUCGCGGGCUCCCUCGAUCCUCGACAGUCCGACCCUGGCGCGUGUGGAGCGGGCGCGGCUGCGGCUGGAGCAGCAGGAGCGGGAGCGCGAACGGGAACGGAGCAGCCAGCGCGAGGGUGGUGGCAACGGCGGCUGCGGUGGGAGCAGCACUGGCACCGGCAGCACCGCCACCACCAUGAAUCGCGAGGACAGCCUGGAGCGUAGCAUACUGGAUCCCAAGAAAGAGACGGCGCCCUGGCAUCAGAUGUGGACGCACAUGAAACGCCUCUCGCACGCCUCCAAAGUAAACUCGACGAGCAGCCUGACCGCCCAGAAAACCGAUGUGGGCGUGGGCCUCCAUCCGAACAUGACACCCAGUGCCACCACAGUGAAGCCCAAGCCAACGGCGCUCACCUCCACGCCCGGGAAGUGCAUACUGUUCCCGGAUAAGACGUCGUCGCUGAAAAGCUCUAUGUAUACGCAACAGGUGUACUUCAGGCCCGAUAUGCAAUCCUUGCUGGCAGGACGCAUUCCGGUGGCCUCCAUGACAGGACCCAUUAAGCGUGGACUGCUCUGGCAGCAAAGGGAUCGUCUCUUUUCCCGCUGGAAGGAACGAUACUUUGUGCUCACGCGUGACUACUUGCACUGCUUCAAAAGAGCCUCUGGUUCAGCCAACGAACGGGCCUCGGAUAUGGGACAGUUUAUCUUUAAGGUCAAGCUGGUGGAUGUGGAGAAGGUGGAGUGGCUGAAUCGUCGCUCCUACAGCGCCAUUGGACUGCUACUGGGGCGCGAGGGUCGCGUUCUCCUCCGCUGCGACGAUGGCCUCGAGGACUGGUUCGAGCUUUUGGAGGAGUGCACCAUGACCUCCAAGGAGCGAAGGCGAGCCCUGAAGAUCGCCCAGGGACCCAGAUCACGUGCCUCCUUGGCUGCCCCCGUGUCCCAUGCCUCACUGCAGUUCCAGCACUUUGGUCUGGGAGGCACUUACUCGAGUGCCUUGGAUGACUGGCUGAUGACCAAUGGAACUGGCGGUGGCUUGGCUCGACACAAAAUCGGAGCCGGCAGCCUUAAUGGCUAUGCCGGAGCCAAUCCCUUCUUAUUCUCCGAUUCCGUACCGGAUCUGAGCGCCCUGAACAACGAGAACCACAAUCACCAUCUGAGCGGCAUCAGCACGAACCACUCGACGCCGCAGAAGAUUCCGCAUCACAGCAACGCGAAUCUCAGCCGCUACUCGAAUGGUUAUGUCUCGGCCCAGAAUAGCUUCAGCCAGGGCGGAGCUCUGUAUGGUUCACCACGAAGGAUCUUCAUCAACAGCAGCUUCGGGUCCAACCAGGUGGUGGACGAGGAGACGGAGGAGGCGGAGGUGCAGCUGAGGCGGCCCCGGCUCUUCCGGGGAGUAAGCGCCACGCCGGACAAUGGCAACGAGCUGGACAGAGAUUGGCUGUACAGGAAGCCAAGGGCGCCCACCGAUAUGAGGCACUCAGUCCAACCCAUGCUGCCCGUUGGCAACAACGGCAGUAAUGCCGGCCUGGCCAAGACGGAGCUGGACUGCUCGGCCCAUGAUAGUGGCCUGGACACGCCUCCUUCGACACACCGCCCUUCGAGCUAUCGGGAGGCCAGCCGGGACAGCACCGAGACCAAUGGCAGCUCCUCGCGGGGCACUCUCCUGAACAACUCAUCCUCGCCGGCCGGCAGCUUCCGGGCCAAGAAGCUGAGCAGCCAGGUGACUAAUCUCAACCAGCUGAACGCUCUGCAUGGAUCGCGAUACUCGGUGCAGGACCAGCGCAUUCUCAAGAUGCGCAACAACGAGGAGGAGCGCUGUGCCUCGAUCAAGAUGGCCAAUCGCUUGAACCAGAACCACGAGCAGCAGCAGGUGCCGCAGCAGGUGGCCUCCUAUGAUCCCAACCAGAAUCGCUACUACAAGAAUGGCAAUGCCACGCCUCCGACAUCACUGACACCGCAGCACACGCCGCAGCACAAGCUGAUGAUGAUGCACCACGGCAAUGGGAAUGGCAAUGGCGGCACUUUGAAUGGCAACAGCAAUGGCGGACAGGAUAGGAUGAACGGCUCGGCCAUAUUCCGGGAGCGGUAUCAGCAUCCAGCACUGGCUGCCAUCAUCAAUGAGGCCCAGGGCCUGAAGUUCCGAGAGCGCGCCUAUUCCGACAGCCAGCAGCGGCGCCUCAAUAAUAACAAUGGACCGACUCCGCAACCAGCCUCGCCCCUAGCCCAGCGCCGGAAUAACGGAGGACUUGGGUCCGGAAUGGGAUCGGGAGUCGGAUCGGGGGCCCUCUUUGGCACGCCCACGCGCGUAUAGCGCCUAAAGGUCUAAGAAUAAUCCAAAUUGCAGAUCGGGAGAAUGAUAUUAGCUUCUCAAACUAGUUUAAAUUGGAAAUAAGCGGUAAAUUAGUCAACUUGAUGGAAAGUUUUUGGAAAUUAUAUGCAUAGAAAAUACUUCAACGAAGGUAGAGAAUAAUUAUAUAUAGUAGUAGUACUCUUAGUGUGUGUGCUCCAAUGUCCAGCUUUAUGUAAAUCUUUAAAUAAAAUAUACAUUAAAGAA